UUAACAUCAGCUUUGUAGCUAACUUAAAACGGAGCCGUUUUGUCGGCUUGCUGUAACGUUAGUCCUGUUCCAACGACAGUCGAAGUUGGCUUUACCUAAAGCUGUAGGAUGGAUGUAUCCAGCAGGCUUGAGGUGUGGCAACAGUUGGCGGAGAGCUGUGGUCUCAGUACAGUUCAGCAGGGCCUACAGCAGGUUUGGAGGCUGCUGCUGCUCUGUCUUAUCUGCAGACUUUGCUUCAGACUGGGAGGUGCUUCCACUGAGAAGCAUAUUGUGUCAACAUUGACUGGGAUGUACGGCCUCUUCCUCUUCUUUGAGCUGCACAUGUUAUGGGUGCUCCUGCUCUGUGCACUCUGUUACCUUGUUCUGCUGCUUAGCCGCUACUCAAGCAGCAGAGUCUUCUUCCUCUCAGCUGUCAUCCUCAUCUACCUCCUCAUUGGAGAGUUGCAUUUAAUUGAUAUGGUGACCUGGCACAAAAUAAGAGGCUCUCAGAUGGUGGUGGCCAUGAAGGCCAUCUCUCUGGCCUUUGACCUAGAUAGAGGUGCAGUGGGCAACCUGCCGUCCCCAGCUGAGUUCCUGGGCUAUAUUCUUUUUGUGGGCACUGUUAUCUUCGGGCCCUGGAUCAGCUUCUCCACUUACAAGAACGCCGCUGAAGGCAGAAAACUGAGCUGGUCGUGGCUCCAGAGCUCCUUCUUCAGCCUCCUGAAGAGUCAGAUCUGCCUGCUGGUCUCCACCUGCAUUGCCCCAUACCUCUUCCCUUUGUUUAUCCCCAUUCAUGGAAAUGUCGUCAUACACAAGUGGUUGCACGCCUAUGAGAAUGCAGCGUCCUUCCACUUCAGUAACUACUUUGUGGGCCACCUCAGUGAAGGCACUAGCAUGUUGGCUGGGGCCUGCUUUACUGAAGAAAAAGACAACAUCAGAUGGGAUAUGAGCGUGGUGAAACCUCUCAGUGUGGAAAUGCCUCGGUCCAUGGUGCUAGUGGUGACAUCCUGGAACAUCCCUAUGUCUGAGUGGCUCAAAACCUAUGUCUUCAAAAAUGCCAUGAAACUGGGGACUUUUCCAGCAAUCCUGGUGACAUAUUCAGCCAGUGCCUUACUGCACGGUCUGAGUUUCCAUCUAGGAGCUGUCCUGCUCUCUUUGGGCUUUAUCACAUACAUUGAACAUGCUCUGAGAAAGAAGCUUGCAGCCAUCUUCAGUGCUUGUAUCCUGUCUAAGCCCUGUGCUCCUGGCUGCUGUCAUCAGCACAAGAAGGAAUAUUGGGUGAUGCUGCUGAACCUAUUGUUCAGCCUCCUGACCAUCUUCCACCUCACCUACCUGGGCUCCAUGUUUGAUCCUGGAGUUGAUGAACAGGAAGUUGAAGUGGGUUAUGCUGCCAUCCAUACCAUCCAGAGGUGGUCUGAACUGAGCUGGGCCAGCCAUUGGCUUAUGUUGGGCUGCUGGAUCUUCUACCGUUUAAUUCAGUGAUGCCAUCGGCGCAAAGGGGAAGGACUGAUGGACAUUAAAGGCAAUGAGUUUGUGUCAGUGAAUAUCAGUGUGUUGUGAUCUGAUGAAAAGGACUGUGUCACUUGAUGUGAAUAAACAAACCUCUGCAGACCUGUUUGAACUGUAUCUAAUAUAUUCUGGAGAGAUGGAUAGAUGCUGAGUGGAAUGUAGCAAAUACCCACAGUAUAGUGAAUGAGUACAUAUUAAAAUGAUCAGUUCACUGAUUUAAUUGCAUUGGAAAUAUGAUUGGAACUAAUA